CAUUCACCUCCGUCCCCUGAAACCUCCAACCAAUUCUCGCAUUUACUCAACCUACGCCUUUCACAUUCUUGGAGCGGGCUCUAUAAUGGAAGGGCAAUUGGGGCAACUAUCACAAGAUACCCCAACGAACAGAAGAAAGCCUCGCGUAUGCCCUUACUGCAAACGCCCUUUUCGGCGGUACGAGCAUCUCCAAAGGCACCUCCGCAUCCCCGUACAAAUGUGAUUGCGGUGCUUCGUUCAGCCGGCAGGAUUUGUUGAGGCGUCAUCAAAGCAUCGGCCAUGCCCCAAUCAUCCCUUCAACGCCGGAUCCCUCGCCCACCGGCGUCGUUGAAAUCAGCAACGUUGAGUCGCGAGCGGAUACCUCGUAUAUCGGUGCAGCUGAGCCCUUGACGGAGGCGAUAGACUCUCGGAAUAUCCCGACUGCCCCAGUCGGUCGGAAUGGCCCACUUGGGGAUGGACACUGUGAAGGAAACUCGCUAUUCAGCGCCCAGGACCUCCUGGUCCUUCAAGACCUGGAAAUGUUCUGCAACAACCUGGGGCCUAAUAAUGAAUGGUAUCUACCGUCUGACCCUAGCAUUGUCCAAAUAUUUGCUGGCGAUACACACUCCAACGCCAGCGCCCUGCCCCCGCCGUCCAUUAUACAUCCACCCGUCGAGCAUCCGCCAAUAUCGGAACAGGUGCUGAGCAAGCUCCCUACUGAGAGAGAAGCCGUCGCGGAAUUCGGAGUUCUGACUUUCCCAAUCCUGACUGUUACAUCUCAACAGCGAGAGCGACUUUUACACGCGCUUAUGCAAUGCCACUCCUCCAAAGCCAGUAGCAGCCUACCGUCCUGCCACUCACUGACACGGUUUAUUAAUGGAUUUCUCGAUGGAUUCUAUCCGCAUAUGCCAGUGGUUCAUAUGCCAACAUUCAGAAUCAGCGACGGUGCGCCAGAAGUUCUCUUGGCCAUGUGUGCUCUCGGUGCUCAGUACCGCCACGAGAAUCGGAAAGCGGCAAUACUGUUCCAUGCGGCCAGAGAUCUACUCCAGCACAAGGCGAGGAAUGGGGAUUGGUUGGCACCUAAUAAUAUCUCUCGCACAGCGGACCAACAGGUUUACACUCCCAGUCACCACACAUUGCAAUAUCGGCAGACCAUGGAUGAGGCGCGCUGUGCUUUCCUACUCAUUGCAUUCGCAGCCUGGCAAUGCGACGAAACUAUAGCCCGCGAGGCGUUCAAUCUGCAGAGCUUCUUGGCCAGAUGCACCAGAGAAUGUGGGCUGGAAGAGACUGACUACCCCACGAAUGUCACGACUGACUGGCAUUCUUGGAUCCAACAAGAGACAGACAGGAGAGUUAAACUUUUCUCCUUUGCCUUUCUCAACCUGCAGUUUGUUGCAUUUGGCACGCCACCAGCUAUCCUCGCUGAUGAAAUCAACCUUCGCCUUCCAUGUAGUUGUCUUGAAUGGAUCGCUCCAGAUGAGCACAAGUGGAAUCUUGUUAGGAGGCCGGGCCAUCGAGAACAGAUGCUGUUCCAGGAUGCCCUUUGUCAUGUCAUGAAAUUCCCUCAAGAGGCCAGUUCAGCAGACACACCGGCUGUACCUUCUCCUUUGGCAAACUACAUCCUCAUUCAUGCUCUCAUCCAGAGGGUUCUACUUUCGUAUCAUGUUAUCGGGCCGUACAAUGACUUGACUAAUGAUUCGAUGAAAGGACAAAAGGAAAUAAUGCGAAACGCCCUGCACGCAUGGACCUCUCUCUGGCAGCGAGCCCCGGAAUCGAGCCUAGAUCCUCGAAACCCGAAUGGCCCCGUGCCUUUUACAUCGACCGCGCUACUGGGGGUUGCAUAUAUCCGUCUGGGUUUCAACCUAGGCUCGUACAAGCUGCUUCGGACCCGCAACAAGGAGGAAAUCGCGGCUCGGCUUCUGCGAAUACCGCAACUCCCGCCGGGUCCACACCUUCUUCCGGCGGCUCUGCAUGCGACGCAUGCGCUUAGUAUACCCGUCAAGCUGGGCGUGAAUUUCGUGGCCCGGAGCCAUGCUUUCGUGUGGAGUGUGCAACACUCGCUUUGUGGGUUGGAAUUUGCGAUCUUCCUCAGCAAGUGGUUAUCUUGUCUCGCUGACUGUCAGACGCGAAGAUCUCUGGAUGAACACGAAGCGCGGCUUGUGAGUUGGAUCAGCGAUAUCGUCGAAGAGGGACGAGCAUCAGGAGAUGACGAUUUCUGGCCUAGACCUUCAAACCCGUCUGAAUGUGCGUAUCUUGGCUUUGCGGUUGUCAAGCUGUGGGCACGCCUUAUAAGAGGGAACGAACAAUGGCCGUUGCUCGGAGUCAUUGGCGAUGCGCUUGAUAUGUACGCCGAUACGUGGGAGCGAGAUUUCAUGAGCUCGCAGACGGUGGUAUCAGGAUCAGUCUAGACAAAUACAUAUACACUGUUCUAAAUAGCGGGUAAUCAAACUUUUUCCUCAAACCUCGACCUCCGCCUCAACGCCUCCC